AUGGAUCGACCCCUCCAAGACACACACGCGAAGCUCGUGGCGCGUGACAUCCACCGCCUGACACAGUCACCGACAGAGGCCAACUCUUUCUCCCUCGGAUGCGGCGCGUUGUUCUCACGCGUAGAGACGGUGGGCACAAUUGUCUCUCGCGACAUGACACCUAAGUUCCUCAAGUUCGAGGUCGACGAUGGCACGGGAUGCGUCACGUGCGUCCUGUGGCUCAACCAACUCACGUCUUCCUACUUCUCUCGGCGGGACCCAUCCACGAUUCUGCUGCUCUCAAGCACCGCGCGUAAACAGGCCGCAGCUGUCAGGAUCGGAGCCGUGGCUCGCGUUCGCGGCCGCGUGGGCUCGUACAGAGGAGCGAUGCAGAUCACGGUGACUGUUGUGGUGGUGGAGAGAGACCCGAACGCGGAGAUCUUGCACUGGUUGGAGUGUGUAAGACUCGGACGGAGUUGUUAUCGUAUUCAAAGUUAA